UCACACAAUAACCUUGCAUUGAGUUCAAUUCAGGUUGCAGUCAAAUAGGUUAAAAAUCGUUUCUCACAAACAAAGGAAGGAAAACAAAAUUCAACAUGCAAAUCGGGUUCUGCCAACAAGGUGUCCCCUAUUUGUUUCAGUAGCUGCCAACAUGAUAGCCACUUAUAGCUUCCCAAUGGACAAAAACAAGCUCGGAACUAACCCCAUCGCUUCUUUUUUUCUUUUUAAAGACAAAAUGUCACAGCUGUAAAAAGUCAAAAUUGGAUUCCAAAGACCAGAAGCUAGGCGGAUAACGCUAGCUAGCUAGCUAGCAGGCAAGAGUAGAGUGACGGCCAAGGUAAAGGAAAUAAACGGUGCCAUAAAAGUCGAACGGCAAGGAGUUUGAGAGGACCGUUGGCAUCCCUGUGGUCAUAAUCCCUGAACCCGGAAGUAGUCUCCUAGCAUACCUGUAUGAGCAGAAUCGAAAUUGGUUUGGUUAUCCUUGAACCUGGAAGAAGCCUGCUAGCAGAUGAACAGAAUCAAAACUGGUCGACGGACGAGUGCAGAGAGCGGUGCUGACGAUGGGACACGGCCGGCGAAGAUUUCUCAGGACACAAAAUUGUGGAGGGGAGAUGUGGGGGGGCCAGUUUGGUUAUUGUUUGCAGGCAUUUUGGGAGGCAGAGCAGGGUGAAUGGGGAGUGUCAAGGGGUUGAGAUAAUUGCUGACUCUAUUUUAAGGACAUAAAAACCUCUGCACCAGCAUCUUGGCCGCAACCCACCCCCUCCCAAAUGAAAAUGAAGUUCUAUGAUCCCUCUAGCUCAUUAACAGCAGGUCUUUUAAUGAGCUUUCAACAAGGUGGGGGCUGGGUAGAUGAGGAUGAGCAAGGUUGGGGGGGUGAGUUAUUGCACCAGAUGUACACACGCCCACUCGUACCAAUUACCACUGUGUUAUAAAGAAUAAAGUGGAAAUGAUGACAGAAGCCAAUGGUCCACCCCUCAGACUCAGAUGAGUCAGUUUUUCCGUUUUGCUCCACAGAGACAGAAAAGAAGGAGAGAGGGAGGGGAGGGGAGGACGUCCAGGUGACAGGUAGCAUUCUCCACAUCUUCCUCUGGUAAACUCUGCCGUCCUCAGCCUUGAAGGCGCCACCGUGGCCGCCAUUUGGCGCUUGUAUGAGCCCAAUUAUGUAAGGGCACGCCUCUCUGCUGUCCUUCACAUGCCACAGUUGACACGAGCCAAUCACAGCGGCAAGUCGUGGUCAUCAGCCAAUAGGAGAGUCAGGUGACAACAACCAUGCUGGACGAUAAAUUUGCAGGAUCAAAGAGAUUCUUGGCAGCGUGUCAUUACACCGACUCCAGCUCGACAUUACCCCCCGGCGGUACGCAUACUUUCCCGGGAUGGGCAGCACCGAGGAGGCGCUGCUGCUUCUGGAGCUUUUUGUGGGUGUGCGCUCUGGUAUUUAAGCACCAGCGAGUAAAGUCCAACAUUUUACUGACUGCACGGACAACAUGGAGGCCCCUUCAGGUUCUUUCAAGAACCCCAUCAGCCGAGCAAAAGUCCAUCGGCAUGCCGGAGGAUGACGACCCCAGCAAGGCAAUCAAGUGGAAGCGACCCAAGGACAUCAGUGAGAAUGCUGUGUUCGUGGAGGGCACCACCGGCACCACGGACAUCUGCCAAGGUCAGCUAGGUAACUGCUGGCUGUUGGCGGCGCUGUCCUGUCUCACCAUUCACCCUAAACUCUUUGUCAAGGUGGUUCCGGCCAACCAAAGCCUGUCCCAGUCUUAUGCGGGCAUCUUCUAUUUCAGGUUCUGGCAGUAUGGUGAGUGGGUGGAGGUGGUUGUGGAUGAUAGGCUGCCAGUACGAGAGGGCCGUCUGCUCUUCAGCUAUUCUCACACCCGCAAUGAGUACUGGAGCGCCCUGGUGGAGAAGGCCUAUGCCAAGUUAAUUGGCUCAUACGGAAGUCUGAAGGGGGGCAACAUUUCCGAGGGGAUGGAGGACUUUACGGGUGGAAUCGCAUACUCACUGCCGGUUGCCUCUCAUACGCCUCGUGUCUGGUGGAGGUUAUUGACAGCUGCCCUUGCUCGAGGCAGCCUGCUCAGCUGCUUCAUUCAGGCCAACAACUACCGGGAAGUAGGUCAAAUAAACAAAGAUGGCCUUAUAAAGGGCCACGCCUACGCCAUCACUGAAACAGACCAGGUGAGACAUGUGUCAGAUGAGAUUUUGCUCCUGAGACUGAGGAAUCCUUGGGGCUUUGUUGAAUAUAGUGGACCCUGGAGUGACAAGGGUAAGGAAUGGGAUGACAUAACCAAAGAGGAGAAAGAGAGGCUAGAAAUGAAAAGGAGGGAAGAUGGAGAGUUCUGGAUCAGUGCUGAUGAUUUCAGCAAGAAGUUUGACUAUGUGGAGCUCUGCAGUGUUAAUCCUGACACCCUUGUGGAGCGAAACACAGCAGACCCUCUUAGCUCCUCCUCAUCUAAAUGGACGAUCAACGAGCAUGAAGGAUUGUGGCUACAAGGAAGCUCUGCCGGUGGAAGCCGCAAAUACCACCGAUCAUUUUGGAAGAACCCCCAGUUUGAGUUGGUACUUACGGAGCAAGACCAGCCUGAUGAGGACGAUGAGGACGACGAAGCGGAGGAGGACGAUGAGGAGGAGGACAGUACGCCACAUGAGAGCAAGAAAGUAGAUAAACAGAAGAUGAAAGUCAAAAAGUGCACUGUGUUGGUGGAAGUCCUGCAGAAAGACAGAAGGCAGAGGGAUAAAGUCCACUUCCUCUACAUUGCUUUUCACAUCUACAAGGUUCCCCCCGAGCUUCAAGGCAUGUGUCUGCAGCGCAACUUCUUCCUGAAAAAUCGCCCCGUUGGUCGCUCAGGGAAAUACAAGGCUCAAAGGGGAGUGUGGAGGAAGGUGCACCUGGACCCGGGUCACUAUGUCGUUGUAGCAUCUACCUAUCGACCCAACCAGCCUGGAGAGUUCUUUGUGCGCAUCUUUUCCAAGACUGGGAACACUUUGGGGACUCAGGACUUUAUGUGCUCUUCUGGCUAUCUCCCGGUGAUGGCAGCUCCUCUAGCCCCAGAGGAAAAAAUGAGAGUUCUGAGGGCUUUUGAUGAAGCGGCUGGAUCAGAUGACAGGUUGAACGUCAAAGAGCUCAUGAAGCUCUUCAACUCAGUCUUGGACAAACAUUACCACCUGCCACUGGAGACGUGCAGACAGAUCAUUCUUGGAAAGGAUACUAGAGGACGAGCAAGUCUCAAUCGUCAACAAACUGAAGCCCUGCUCUCUGAUCUACGCAACCUGCAGUUAAUCUUCUUCCAGUUUGAUGAGGAGUCUUCUGGGACUAUGAGCCCUUUUGAACUCACUGCAGCUCUCCUGGCUGUGGGGAUGAAGUGUGAUAGUAAAGUAGCCCAGCUGCUGUCUGAGCGUUUCGCAUCUGGAGAGCUUCGCUUGCCCUUUCAUGGCUUUGUGGCCGCUGUCACCCGGUUGCAAAAACUCUUUGCGUUAUACAACUCAGAGAGCAGUGAAGAGGUAAAAGACAGAGGGAUCAACUCUUGGCUCAUUCAGUUUCUGGUGGUGUGACGAGGGUCUCCACAUGGACUCAGAAUCGCUCCAAUGACUGACAAACACAAACACACGCAUAUGCACACACAGCUGUUUUUCCUUCUUUUCUUAAUCUAAUGCAGCAAUUUCAACAUUUUCCAAAACCUUUCAAAUGAUGUGGACUCCGUACAAUAGUAAUAGCUAAUUUACAGAUGAAGAAGGCAGUUAAGCAAAAAAACAACAACCCCACAGCCCUGUACAGCAACUAAAUCAAUAGAAAUGCACUGCAUCAUGAUGAGAGUAGGUUUGUAAUAUUUUGGUUCUCAUUAGGGAUGUCCGAUAAUAUCAGCCACUGCUAAUUAUGAGCCCGAUGUUGGCAUAAAAAUGUGAUAUCGGCCAACAUUAGUAUUGUUUUUUAUACCUACAAUGAAAGCCGAUAUACAGUAGAGCUUUUAGAGCUUAGAGCUUUUAUAUACGAUCAUGUAAUUCGUACAGUGCCUCUCAAAAGACUGUGAGGAAGAAGUAACUCUUUAUUUAGCAAGCACAGUAACAACAGAAGUCACAAUGAACUUACCAGCACCGUAGAAAUCACGGGGAGGUUACCAUUCCACAUACCAUUCUUACUCACGGUGUCUUUAAAGAAAGCGCUAAAAGAAACAGCACAUAGCAACGUAAUACGUAGAAAACAACAGACAAGACACUACUAACAAAUAAUGCUGAAUAAUCAACGUGUACCGGUAACUUAGCAGCAUCAUAAGAAAGACAAAAAGGGCAAAAACGGCCUGCAUGGCAGAGUUCCAAGACAGAAACCACUGCUGAACAAAAAGAACAUUAAGGCUCGUCUCAAUUUUGCCAGAAAACAUCUUGAUGAUCCCCAAGACCUUUGGGAAAAUACAAUGCAAGUACCAAUACGAGUUUAAAAUAAAAAAACAACAAUUUUAACAGUUUCCAAUAAUGCAUUUAGUUUGAGCAAAGCAUUUCACUGGAGGACCAAAGGCAUAGAAAAUGGAUCAAUGGCUGGAUGGCGCUGCAAUGCUGCCUCUGUCCAUCAGAGCCACCUUUUGAGUGUUAAGUUGCUGUGUGAUGGGUUUAGCGUUCUUUGUAAGAUGACACCGUGAGUCGGCCUGUUAAAUUGAGCCAUGACCUCCUGCGAUUUCCAAUGGGUUAACAAGCUCGUCCUGAGUUCACUGAUAGCUCGUGAUUGGCUCCUGCCAAAGGAAGAGCUACCGUUUCCUCACUGACUCGCGAGCGGCACACUGUUUAAACGAUUAGUAGUAGUUCUGAAGUAAAGAAGAUGUCGUGGGAUUAGAAUUCAGACAUAAAUUUAAGAAAAAAGUAGCUGCUUAUACACCGGAAAUUAUGGUAAUCCUCCAAAUUCAUUCAUUCAGAACAGCAAAACAAUAUCUUGCAUUUGACUUGCUGCUCUCCAGAUGGUAUUGCAGCUGUAAAAAAAAAAAGACCUGCUGGCUUUUUCUCUCUAUGGAAGGACAGCAGCAAUUAGCAAGCACCUUCCAGCUCACGCACACCCCCACCUCUUCAGAAUGAAGACAGUACUGCAAGCGUAUCGUAUGACAUUUCAAUGUAUUUUAUUCUCUGAUAAGCAAGAAUAAUGAUGUCACACUUACUUUAAAGACAUUACACGGGCCGUAGAAAGUCAUGGAGUAUAAUAAAUGCUUCUGCAACAUUAUAUUAUUGGUGACAUGCUGACAAACAUACUGGCAGGCACCAUGAUGCAACUCUGCACUCAGACGGUAGGCAAGGCUUGCGCAAUAAGCCGAGAAGAGACGCUCGCGGCAGCCUCAUCUCAGUUUUCUGCCCUGUAUUUAAUCAGGAAAUGUGCAAAUUCAUUGAUUUUUACUGAAGAAAAUGUUAAAAAACAAUCAGAAUCAUACAGAAUAUACAUUUAUAAUACAGUUCAAUGAACAAUU